CUCCCUGGCUGUGGCGGGGAAGGGGGAGCGUGACCCACUUUCCUCCAGGUCCGGCCCCGCUGCCGCUGUGGCUGUGGGCAGGCGACGCCAGCCGGGAGCCCCACCACAUCUCGGGGACCGGGACUGGGGACAGGGACAGGGUGGUGCAGCCUCAGCACCCCUCUGUGCCAGGCCGGUGUCGAGGUGUCACCCACGGGGAGGUGAAGCUCAGAGCUGGGUGCCCACACGCCGAGCCCCCGACCCGCCCGGCGCUCAGAGUGACCCUGAGCGGGGUGUGCCCGUGCCCUGCCCGGGAUGCCGUGGGAGGAGAUGAGGCACGGUGGCGGUGGGAGCACCCUCCUUCCUGGGAGCAUUCCCAGUGGUGGGAGCCGGGGCUGAGGCAGGGGGGAUGCCCGGGCUGCGUGGGGCACGUACAGACUGUGCAGCCUCUUGGGUGGUGUCAGUGCUGGUUUUUGUGGUGGGGUGACGUGCCCCCAUUGCCCGCAGGAGUGAGCAGGGCUGAGGGCUAGCUGGCCCUGCCCCGGGGACCCGGUGGCCAGGCAAUGGGCAGGUGCCGUUCGGGGCAUUUGUCUUUGCAGAUCCCAACCGUGCGGUGCUGCUGGCGCUGGUGGAAGAGUUUUGGGAGGGAGAUGAUGACAGGCUGAUGAAACCAAUCAAACAAUGAAGUAAUCAUAAAUCCCCGGUGCCGGCGGUGAAGGCGGGAGCAGCUGGAGGCUGGAGGAGCUGAGGUCCUAACGAAACCAUCCCGCUGAGCAGCAGAAAUCCCGGGAGGCCGAAGCACUGAAAGGUGGCCAAGGUCCUGUCACCAGGGCCGAUGGACAGAGACAGCACAGCACAGUGUGGAUGAGGGCGGGGAAAAUCCUGCUGGCAGCUCCGGGGGAGCAGUGCAGAGGGCACGGAGGACAGCAGCAGGAAGGAAGAGCGGUGGCUCCCCAGGAGCUGUCGGAGGAGAGAGUUCUGGUGCUUUGUUUGCUCUUCACAAAUUUGCCUGCGAAACCUGAAUCCUGGGACCAGAGGCUGAGGAAUCUUGUCACAGGCUGAUAGUCAGGAUGAGAGAUGGAUCCCACAGCAGGAGACGCUAUGGAUGGGUGUGAGGGGGCCUGACCCUGCCCCACAGCUGGGACAUCCCCACCGGGAGAGCAGCUCCUGCCAACUGGGAUCCUGCGCGUGGCUGGGCGUUCAUUGGCUUUGCUGAAGACGACCCUGGUGCUGAGAAGGCUGCUCUAGAAUAGGCAAGGAGCUGCGCAACCAUGAGCGCGGGUUCGAUUGAGCAGGAGCCGUCGCGCAAGCUGGCCUGCUGCGGGGUGCCCCUCAUCACCGAGGACAUGCAGUCCCUGGCCAUCCGCACCCUCUCAGGCACCGACAUCAGCAAGCACUACGACCUCAUCCGCGAGCUCGGCAAGGGCACCUACGGCAAGGUGGACCUGGUGUCCCACAAAAGCACAGGCACCAAGAUGGCCCUGAAGUUCGUCAACAAGAGCAAGACAAAGCUGAAGAACUUCCUGCGGGAGUUCAGCAUCACCAACACACUCUCCUCCAGCCCCUUCAUCAUCAAGGUCUUUGACGUGGUCUUCGAGACCGAGGACUGCUACGUCUUCGCUCAGGAGUAUGCCCCUGGUGGGGACCUCUUCGACAUCAUCCCUCCCCAGGUGGGGCUCCCCGAGGAGCUGGUGAAGCGCUGUGUGCAGCAGCUGGGCCUGGCCCUCGACUACAUGCACAGCAAGAGCCUGGUGCACCGGGACAUCAAACCGGAGAACGUCCUGCUCUUCGACCGCGACUGCCGCCGCGUCAAACUGGCCGACUUUGGCAUGACCCGCAAGGUGGGCUGCCGGGUCAAGCGCAUCAGUGGCACCAUCCCCUACACGGCGCCCGAGGUGUGCCAGGCCGGCCGGGCCGAGGGCUUUGCUGUGGACACCAGCAUCGAUGUCUGGGCUUUUGGGGUGCUCAUCUUCUGCGUCCUCACCGGCAACUUUCCCUGGGAGGCGGCGGUGGCGUCCGAUGCCUUCUUCGAGGAGUUCGUGCGGUGGCAGAAGGGGCGGCUGGGGGGGCUGCCCUCGCAGUGGCGGCGCUUCACGGACAGUGCCCUGCGCAUGUUCCAGCGCCUGCUGGCCCUCGACCCCGAGAAGCGCUGCCCCGUCAAGGAGGUUUUCUACUUCAUCAAGUGCGACCUGAUGGCCGAGGUGCGGUGCCGGCCCUCCUACCGCUCCCGCAAACACACCAGGGACAAGCUCCCGGCCGGCUCCCACUGCCACGAGGCCACCGGCUCCUGCACCCCCGCCCCGCUCAAGAGGACCGUCCUGACAGAAGGGAGCGGAGCGCGCGGCCCCGAGUCCAGCGCGGCCGCCCCGGGGACGGCCAGCAGGACAGAUGGACGGCAGGACAAAGGCAAAGGACAGAUGGUCCUGGCCACAGCAAUAGAGAUCUGCGUCUGACGGCGCCGCGGCAGCGGCCGCACGACCCGUCCUGUCCCCCCGCCCCGGCAACUGGGAUGGGAGGAGCUGCUCGUGGUGGAGGCACGAGCCGGGACCAGGCUCUGGGUCUCCCAAAGCAAAAAAAAGGAAAAGAAACGCAAAUGAAGAGGAAAAGGACAGAACUGGUUGCGCUCUGCAGCGCCGAGGAUGCCAAUGCCCCCACCCUGCCUGGGUGAGGCCGGCGGUGGGAGCCCAGCCAAGGGCACCGCGCGCUGCCAGGGAGGACAGGGGUGCCCACGGCCCUGCCAUGGCCAUGCUGCCCCUCCAAGGCUUCCCACAGGGUGGCAUGGGGAGAGGUCUCCCAGUACAGGGAGGAAGAGUCGGGAGGGUAGUGGAUGGGAGGUCCGGGGCAGGCAGUGCCCACUGGCUCUCCCCCACCCUGUGCUUGAUCCCUGGACUGGGAGCGGGAAGGCCGAUGACCCCACACCAUGGAGGAGGCCUUUGGGGAGGUUUGAGUGGGUGAUGAUUUGUCCCCUUCCACCAAUCCCUGCCCUGCUGGUGGGGACUGGGAAGGGAUGAGGAGAUGGGCACCGGGCUGGUGAUGGGGAGCUGGGGGGUUUCAGGCAGCCCAGGACCCCUGGCAACCCCGGCUGCCUCCCUAUGGUGGGAGGUGCUGGCAGCCAUCGAUGUAGCAAGUGUCCCUGUCUGUGUGUCAUUGUGUGUCCCACCACUGCCACUGGCAGCCCCUGUCUCCCCUGCCCUGCCCCACACGGCCCCAGACCCCACUGGAGGGACAGGUCCCCCCAGCCGGGAGCUGAGCUCCGGGCCGUGGCCCGUGGCCACAGUGCCAUCCAGCAGGUUGGAUGCUCAGGGCCAAGCUGGCUCUGCCGUAGUGGCAU